GAACUUGUUUAACUUAAUGUUAUUCAAUGUUUAGUUCAUUUACUGAGGCCACCUAGUGGCAAAUGUUAUAAUUGUGUGUAUUGCUAGUUCACAAACGCCAUCUUGUGGUCACUUUUAUUACUACAACUUGUUUACCAGAAAGGAAGAAAGCCUGUUCAUCCAUUUGCUCUGAAAGAAGCAGUUUUUGUUGUGUUUUCUUUAAUCUAAGUGCAAAACGGCAUCGUCUUUUUACACGAUUCUCAUUAAACCCUGCUAAAGAACCUAAUGCAGUGCUUCUUGGUGGACGAAUGGGAAAGUGUUUAGCUACCUGUAUAGCUGAGUUACUGCUGAAGGCCACAGUGCUUAGCGAGGCCAGGACAGUAAAAAGACGUCCCAUGCAGAAGAGACAAAGAAAAAGACAACGUCUGAGCCAUGGACAACAAAGGUAAUGAACAGAAGGCAAGUGAUGUGCUAUCAAAUAAGGACAUGGAUAUAGAUACAGUGUACCACGUCCGUUCUGUAGCCUCACGGUCAUCUACAUGCUCCUCUGUCAGUUUGGCUGCAGCUAAAGCAAGAGCUAAGGCUGAAGCAGCUAAAGCUAAACUGGAGUUUCAUGAAAAAGAGACACAUAUUCAGAUUGAGAAGGCAAAACUUGAAGCAUCACUGCGUGCACUCACUCUCCAAAGGGAACUUACAGCUGCUAAUGCUGAAGCAAAAGUAUUUGAGGCAGUAGCAGCAGACAUAGAGGAAGGAAAAUACAGCGAGACAUCUGAGCGCAGUCCUGUAGCCAAACAAACACUGAAAAGGACAGAAGACUAUGUAAAAGAGCAGUCAUCUUACUUCAGUCAGUACAACUACAAGGAUCAGGGGGCUCACUCACACCCACCUAACACUAUACCCAAUGCUGUUAACAUGCAACAAUAUACAGUACCUGUGCCUGCUGCUGUAACCACGCAACAAUAUGCAGCCUCAGAUGAAUUUAAGUCUCUUCCCAUUCAUCAGCCAGACAUGACAGGAGGACACAUUAAACAAUCCCCCAACUUCAACUCUUACCACAGAGGUGACUCAAUGCACAAUGUUAAUGUGAAAACUGAUGUUCCUACCUUUAACGUAAAUUCAGGAAAUCCCACAUUUGAUCUGGCAAGGUUUUUAGCACGCAGCCAAGUCAUAACAUCUGGUCUGGUCAAAUUUGAUGAUACUGCAGAACAUUAUCAAGCAUGGCGAGCUUCAUUCAUCAGUGCUAUAGAACCACUAGGGCUGACACCUAGUGAAGAAGUUGAUCUGAUGGUGAAGUGGCUUGGCAAGGAGUCAAGUGAGCAUGCGGCCAGAAUAAGAGCAGUUAAUAUUAACCAGCCUAUGGAUGGACUAAAAUCAAUAUGGGCAAGACUGGACAAAAUACACUAUAUUGCCAAAAUAUGA